AUGAAAAAAUACAAGAGUUUAUCUCUUCUCCUUUUUCUAUUCUUUAUGGUCACAUUAUUCUCCAAAAUUUCAGUUGAGGCAAGAAACAAUCACAUUAGGAAUUCCAAAACUCGUAAGCACCAAAAAGAUAAGAGUGGCAAUGGCAACACUCAUUUUCCUAGUCCUGCACCAGCCCCUCUUCCUCAUCGCGGUUCUAAUCCCAACCCGUCUAGCAGUUUUGAUCUUUUUUCAUUUGGAGCUAAAGGUGAUGGAGUUUCCGACGAUUCUAAGGCACUCCUAGCAGCAUGGAAAGCUGCAUGCAAGUUUCCUGGGGCUACAAUAGAAAUCCCAUCAGGAUUCAAUUUCCUCAUCAAGCCCAUAACUCUUCAGGGUCCUUGUAUGCCUCACCUUGUUCUUCAGAUAGAUGGAACUCUCUUAGCUCCUCCCAAAGUUGGUUCGUGGCCAAAAUCCAGUUUGUUUCAGUGGAUUAAUUUCAAAUGGGUCCAAAACUUUACCAUUCAGGGCACUGGUACUGUUGAUGGCCAAGGCUCUAACUGGUGGACUACCUCUCAAAUUCUUUAUACUCAGAAAAAAUCCAAUAACAUUCCAGAUCUCAGACCAACAGCUUUGAGAUUCUAUUCUAGCUAUGAUGUCACAGUAAGCAACAUCAAAAUCAUAAACAGUCCACAGUGCCACCUAAAGUUCGACAGCUCUAAGGGUGUCAAAGUUAACAAUAUUACAAUUUCUUCGCCAGAAGAUAGCCUAAACACUGAUGGGAUUCACCUACAAAACACCCAAGACGUAGAAAUUCAGCAUUCUAGUAUUGGAUGUGGGGAUGAUUGUGUAUCCAUACAAACUGGUUGCUCCAAUGUCCAUGUUCAUCAUAUUAACUGUGGCCCUGGACAUGGUAUAAGCUUAGGAGGACUAGGGAAGGACAAAAGUGUUGCAUGUGUCUCCAAUAUAAUUGUGGAGAAUGUCUCAAUUCAAAACACUCUAUCAGGAGUAAGGAUCAAGACAUGGCAGGGGGGCAUUGGAUCUGUCAAAAACGUAUCAUUUACCAAUGUUCAAGUUUCUGAUGUUAAGGUACCAAUAAUCAUAGACCAGUUCUAUUGUGACAAGAAUUUCUGCAAGAACCAAACAGGAGCUGUGGCAAUAACUGGUGUUAAGUAUGACCAGAUAGUUGGGACUUAUUCAGUGCAACCAAUUCAUCUCGCAUGUAGCAAUGACAUUCCGUGCACUGGCAUUGAUCUAAUUGAUAUUCAGUUGAAGCCUUCGCCACGCUAUCGAGGUUUUCAACAGGGUCUGUGUUUGAACUCUUAUGGGAAAUCAAGUGCUCCAUUGGUUCCUUCAAGCAUAGAUUAUUGCUUAAGGAAUAGUGGUGGUUCUGUCAACAGAAUAGAAAGAUCACAUGAUAAUGUGUGUUGA